AAAAAAAGAGAGAGAAAGAAAGAGAAAUAUAGAGAAAACAUUUUUUUUCUUUUUUCUUUUCGUUUGUUAAUAUACCUUGCGUCUUUUUUUUUACCUCUUGUGUACGUGUGUGCGUAUUGUAUAAUAAACCAUGUCGGUCGAAUUAGACGUAGAAAACACCAUUUACUUUGAACGCCCAUUAACACGUAUUGUUAAAAAAGACGUUCAAAUCAGGAAUCCUCAUUCAAAACCUGUUGCCUUUAAAGUAAAGACGACUGCACCAAAACUGUAUUGCGUUCGUCCUAAUUCAGAAAUCAUUCAACCCAACAGCACGAUGACUGUCCAGAUUAUGCUUCAAGCCUUUAGAGAAGAACCACCUGCUGACUUCAAGUGUAAAGAUAAAUUCUUGUUUGUAAGCGUGUUAGUUGAAGGAGCACUGGAGUCAAUGAGUUUAGGAGAUCUUUGGAAUCAUGUUGAAAGCAAGGAAAAGGCGUCUGUUGCUCAGCAAAAAUUGCGCGUGGAAUAUGUUCAACCCAAGCAAGAAGCGCAACAAGUGCCUCUGGAACCAGUUCAGGCUAAUCCUCAGCCAAUAGUAGCAAAUGGAAGAGAAGAAAAGCAACCCGAUAAUAAUGAAGUUGAAGCAAAGAUGAAGCAAAUGGAAGAAGAAUUAAAGAAAUAUAAGAACGAAGUUGAACAGUUGCGUAAUGCAGAACCUACGGUGAUUGUUGAAAGAGUUCAAAAGACAACAGAGUCGCCUAUUAGCAUGCUUAUCCUAUUUGCUUUACUGGCACUUGCUAUUGCUUACUUCUUUCAGCAACAUAAAAAUUAAAAAGGAAAACACAAAAUGAUCUCAUUACGAUGUAUCUUCAAUUCCCAAGAU